AUGGCUGCUCCAGCAUCUUCCUGCACCAACAUCGACCUGGUCACCAAUUUGGCGGCGUAUAACAGGUCGAUAAGGCGAAACCCGAGCAUUUGCCUCCUCGAGAUGUGCACCAACAUGGCCGAGCUUCGCCAGGUCCACGCCCGAAUGGUGAAAACCGGCCUCUCACGGGACACUCUGGCUGCCAGCCGGCUCAUCGUCUUUUCCGCAACAAGAGACUUCGGUAGUCUGGACUACGCUAGAUCCGUUUUUUCCGACGUUGAGGAACCCAAUUCCUUCAUGUGGAAUGCCAUGCUCGGAGGGUUUGUGAAGCAUGGUCUCCCUGAGGAGGCCCUCGAUUUCUUUCUUAGAAUGGUGGGCACUGGUGAAAUGGGAGACAACUACACGUACCCUUUCGUGCUGAAGAGUUGUAGCGAGCUCGACGUGGUGGAAGAAGGGAGGCAGGUGCACUGUAGAGUGGUUAAGAUGGGGCUCGAUAAGGACGUGUUUGUGCAGAACAGUCUGACGCAUUUGUAUGCAUCGGUUGGGAAUAUGGAUGCUGCAAGGCAAAUGUUCGAUCGGAUUUCUGAGAAAAUGGUGAGCUCUUGGAACACUCUGAUUGCUGGGUAUGGUAGAGCAGGGAAGAUUGAGGUUGCCUGUGAAUUGUUUGAUCAGAUGCUUCAGAAAGAUGUGGUUUCUUGGAAUGUCGUAAUCGAUUUGUAUGUAAAAGCAGGGGAAGCUGGAAUUGCGCGCAAGCUGUUCGACCAAAUGCCGCAGAAGAAUGUCAUCUCCUGGACUUCCAUGAUAUCGGGCUACGUGCAGUGCGGUGAUUACAAGCAGGCACUGCGAUUGUUUCAAGCAAUGCAGAAAGCCAAUGUGAAUCCUAACAAGGUUGCGUUGGUUAGUGUUCUACCUGCUGUUGCACAUUUAGGAGCCCUUGAUCAAGGGAGAUGGAUCCACGGAUAUAUUGGGAAGCACAAAAUAGAAUUUGAUUCUGUCUUAGCCUCAGCUCUUGCUGAUAUGUAUUCCCGGUGUGGAGAUAUAGAGAAAGCUCUUCAAAUAUAUGAGACCAUUCAAGAACCUACAACCAUAACAUGGAACGCCAGGAUCGCAGGUCUUGCUAUGCAUGGGCGUGGAAAGGAAGCAAUAAAAGCAUUCCUGGCCAUGCAAAGAUCGGGCUUGAAGCCCGACUCAAACACCUUUGUUGGUGUUUUAAGUGCCUGCAGCCAUUCAGGUCUGGUGGACGAAGGUCUUCUGUAUUUCAAAUUGAUGAAUGAAGAAUUUUGUGUGGCACCAAAUGUUAAACACUAUGGCUGCAUGAUUGAUCUACUAGGCCGCGCAGGACUUUUUGACACGGCAAUAGAAAUUAUAGAUAGUAUGCCCAUGAAAGUUGAUGUAGCCAUUUGGGGUUCCUUGCUUGGUUCUUGUAGGAAUCAUGGGAAUCUCGAACUGGGAAAAUAUGCAGCUACAAGAUUGAUUGAAUUGGAGCCUUGUAAUAGUGCAUCUUAUGUGGCCUUAUCAAACAUUUACACUGAUUUUGGCCUUCGGAAGGAUGCCAUUAAAGUGAGGAAGGAGAUGACUAAGAGGAAUUUGAGGAAAGAUCCUGGUUGUAGUUCGGUGGAAUUGCAUGGCAAGGUUCAUGAGUUUACUGCAAGGAGUAGCUCGACUCUUCAAAACAAAGAGAUCUCAUCAAUGUUGGAAGAAAUGAGUGGAAAACUGAAGAUGGUCGGCCACAAAAGUGACGGAUAUGGUCAAAAGGAGACAUCUUAUCAUAGUGAGAGACUAGCACUCGCUUUUAGCUUACUAAAUUCCGGUCCACAUACAACUGUGAGGAUAGUUAAGAAUCUCCGCAUAUGUAGUGACUGUCAUGCUGUGAUAAGCUUAAUUUCUAAAAUUUAUGAGAGAGAGAUUGUUGUGAGAGAUCAGAGCCGUUUUCACCAUUUUAAUAAUGGAUCUUGUACAUGCAAAGAUUUCUGGUAA